CACGCUUAUGAAAGUUUCCUGUACAUUUGUGGUUCUUUCCACGCUGACGAAAGGAGUGCUUUUGCUGACAUGUGGGUUUCCUAACUUUGACGAAAGCCUGAGUAAAGAAGAAAAUAGUUCUAUCAAUAUCAACUACACCAUCAACAUUACUGCAAGUCCUGAUGUUACAGACACGUUUAACGCUGAUUAUCAGGUUUGUGAAGGAAACUAUUUGAGAACUGCAUGUAUAUUUAUUUACGGCGAAAACGAUAUCAAAGAGUUUAAGAAGGACGUGAGUGGGAGGACAGGAGUCACCUGCUACUGGGAACAACGACACGUGAGCAGCUCUCUGGUGGCUUUAGACAUCUACAUCUCUCAGGUCGUCACCAGGUCACUGAGUGCGAUGAUAAUCUCCACUGGCAGAGGUGGGGAUCCCAAACCUACCCGACUGAUACGUGUUGAGGUGUUGUACCCACCCAAUGUCACGAGUCUGACUGUGGACGGGGGCGAUAAUGUCAUCAUCGAUAAGGGCCAGGUGGUCAAUGUUUCCUGCUUCUUUGAGAAGGGCAAUCCCCCAGCUCACUUCUAUUUGCUGGAUAAAAAUGGAACUAAGCUGAACUCCACUAGUUCUGAACGACACCUUAGCUACUCUCUUACUGCCCGGUGUGAAGAUGACUGGCCAGUCGUCAGGUGUGAAGGCAACGGGUCGCAACAGAAUAAGUCUGUGACAAUACUCGUCAAGUGUAAGCAAACAAACUUAAUGUCUAAACCUUCAGCACAACAGUGUAUUUAUGCAAGGCGGCAAAGAGUUGACAAUAUUUGCAAACACAGAAAACAUGCUAGUGAGCUGCAAUAGUGUUGUGUGACCGUCGCGAUAGAAGUGUGGCCUGUUUCGAUAUUUGUUGAUUUGAUAUUUGCUGUUCUUUAUUGACUAAUGUCUAUAUUUAUAUUGUCCCUUUGGGCAGGGACGGCCAUA